AUGGCAAUAAAUGCAAACAGUAAUUUAUUACUUGGGGCUGGUCAUUAUCAACAUCAUGCUCAUUAUCAAAAAAUUCUAACUGAUCCUGUAAUACAUAUUAUCGAGAAUAAUCAUCCAGAUGAUCAUCAAUCAUUACCUGCUCAAUCACUUCAAACAAUAUUUUGUUUGGAACCACAAUCAACAUCAAUAUCAUAUCCACAUUUUCAAGAAUCUUCUGCAAACCAAAUUUCAACUUCUACUUCUCCUCUUUCUUCUAAUGCACCACCAAUAUCAUUAUCAAUGUAUAAAAAUACACCACUUAACAGUAGUUUAUAUCGUAUAGAUAAUCUUUGUUCACGUCAAGUAUCAGUUUCUAGAGCUUUUACACAAGAUGAAAGUAUAUCUGUUGUUACCAUUUAUGCUAUAUCAUCUAUUGUUGCUUUAUGUAUUAUAAAUAUCUUUCAUGGUAUAAUUAGUUAUUUUUAUUAUAAUCAAAUAUAUUUAACUGCGUCUCAACCAUCAAUUACAACUAAUGAAAUUCAUCAUUCGUUGUAUCCAGAAUAUUCUCUGUGUCGUUUAGAUCGUUAUGCAUUUUUUAUAUUUUGUUCUCUAUUUUUUAUUUAUCAAAUCUUAAUUCUUCUUUGCACAAUUUGGAUACCUUAUAAACGACGAUGUGCUAUGCGUUAUAAAGACGAAAAAACAAGAGCACAAUUAACUAAUACAACAACGGUAGAAAUGACAAAAUGA